GUUGAACGGUGUGUCCCUGUGCGUCCAGUUGUAGUGAGUAAAUGUUGUGGUGGAGGUAGGAGUCUGUUCCACUUGGACUCCAGCUGUAUAUUCGCUGUUGGAAGCUUUGAAGACUGCGCGUUACGACUGAUCUGUUUUGGAGACGCCAUCCGUGCGCACCUCGGCUGAACGCCAAACGUGAUCGGCGGACUUUUCUUAUUAAAGUUUGUCUUUUUGGCUUUAUUUCUCAGAAGCGGAAUACCAUCUGGACAAGGUUCCUCUGCACCUUUUUAAGUGUUAUUUUUGUUUUAUUUCAUUCUUGGAGAAAAGAGCAGGCAGGUAUGUUUUCCACGCGUGGAAGUUUAACCGUGCGCACUUUCUUCUGAGUCUCUCCAUCGGUGCGUUUUGUUAUUGUUUUUAUUUUUACCACUGAACUGCAAACGGCAGGUUUGAAACGUCAGGAGGAAAUGAGCAGCGAGUUGAAACCGCGUCUUUGUCUCAUGACGAAAGUGGAGAACGGGUAUGGAUUUCACCUACACGGCGAGAAAGGAAAGAGUGGACAAUACAUCCGCAAAGUGGAGCCCCACUCCCCCGCAGAAGCGUCGGGGCUGCGUGCUGACGACCGUGUGGUGGAGGUCAACGGGGUCAACGUGGAGAAAGAGACACAUUACCAGGUGGUGCAGCGAAUCAAGGCUGUGGAUCAUGAGACCUCGUUGCUGGUGGUGGAUCGGGAGACGGAUGAAAUGCUCCGCAGUCUGCGCCUCACGGCAACCAAGGAGAUGGCCAUUUGUGUGACCGGGCCUCUUCCCUCCUCGUCUCCUGUGCCUUCCCCCUCCCCAGUCCCAUCUUCCACUCAGUCGUCACCUCGCAAGAAAAGAGAGAACGGCUCGGUGUCCAAGCAGCCUGGUGUACUGAGCAGCCAAGUGCCCAAGCCCACCCGGAGAUCGCCAUCAAAAGCUGCGAAAAAGGAAACUCUGUCCCACAUUGAAGGCCACAUACAGGCCCAGUCGCAACCUCCAGUUGACCCCUCAGAGCUCGUUCCCCGUCUGUGCCACCUGGUUCGGUCUGAGACAGGUUAUGGCUUCAACCUUCAUAGUGAGAGGUCACGACCCGGACAGUACAUCCGCUCUCUGGACCCAGGAUCUCCUGCAGACCAGGCUGGGCUCCGCCCACAAGACAGACUCAUUGAGGUAAAUGGUGUGAACAUUGAGGGCAUGCGACAUGCAGAGGUGGUGGCCUUCAUAAAGAACGGCGGAGAUGAAACCAGGCUGCUGGUGGUGGAUCCAGAAACAGACGAACACUUCAAGAGGAUGGGAGUGGUUCCCACCAUCGCUUAUCUCAAAGACUAUGAUGGUCCGUCCAUAUCCAAUGGCUCCCCCAGCCCUCAGAUCAACGGCAGCUCCACCACACAGUCCAUCAGGUCCACGCACUCUGACCUCAGCAGCCAGGGCAACAGCACACAGCAGCUGGCGGAUGAUGAGGGCGGCCGUCUGUUGGACCCGUUUGCCGAGAUGGGCCUGCGUCUGAGCGCUACAGCAGCAGAGGAAAGGCUCAAAGCCCAUGCCAAGCGAGCCCGGAAGAGAGCACCGCAGAUGGACUGGACUAUGAAGUACCAGCUCUUCAGCAACUUCUAAGACGUCCAUCCUACCUGAAAGAGACUUCAAAGCGGGAAAUUCUGAGCUCUCUGGGAUCAGAAGGUUGUGCUGCUCGUUCCCAGACUGCGGACAAAGAGCAACGAUGCGCGCGCACACUCACAGUGUGACAGAAGGUCGAAGAUCUGCAGCGGAUUUGACUUUUCAAACCACUUUGGUCCACCGCAGCAUCAAUAACGGAGACUGACUGCAAACGCUCUGGAAUCUACAGUAGCCAGUGAGGGCCACAACACUUCCAAAUUAAAACAACACUAGUAAAAGCGGAAAACACUU